AUGGUCCGGACGGAAGUUCGGUCGGUGCACGGCGACAGCCAUCUAGGCCACGUGUUUCCGGACGGUCCGUCCGACCGCGGCGGCCUGCGCUACUGCAUCAACUCGGCAGCCCUCCGCUUCAUCCCGCGCGAUGAGAUGGAGGCGGAAGGAUCUGAUCCGCAAGAACCCGGCAUCAUCUCAACCCGUGUGGGCUACACCGGCGGCGACGUCCCCAACGCCACCUAUCGCAAUCAUGGCACCCACGCCGAGGGCAUCGAAAUCAUCUUCGACCCCGAGGUGACGAGCUAUCGAAACAUCCUGGAAUACUUCUUCCAGAUCCACGAUCCGACCACGAAGGACCGUCAGGGCAACGAUCGCGGUCUCUCCUACCGGUCAGGUAUCUACUACGUCGACGAGGAGCAGAAGCGCAUCGCCGAAGAUACGAUCGCCGACGUGGAUGCGUCGGGGUUGUGGAACGGCAAGGUCGUCACCGAGGUCAAGCCCGUGGGCGACUUCUGGGAGGCCGAGCCGGAGCAUCAGGACUAUCUCGAGAAGCGUCCGGGUGGCUACACCUGUCACUUCGAGCGAAAGGACUGGGUGCUUCCGAAGCGCCAGGAUGCCAGCGGUUCGCAAGCUGCGGUCGCUGCGCGAGCUGAAUAG